AUGGUUAUACGCAAAAAAUUUCUUGAAGAAAUGAAAGUCAACAGAAACAACGUAAAAAAAAAGUUUAGUGAAAAAAUGAGUCAGAAAAGGUAUUAUUCUGCUGCUGAAGUUGCGAAUAUUAUUUUAGAAGAUAUUCCAAUAAAAAAUUACAGUAAUCUGGAAUUAUCAGAUUCUGAGAAUGAAGAUUUUGUAUUAGUAGACCGAAUUCAAGCUGAGCAAGAUGACAGAGAGUUAAGUUUUGAUUCCAAUUCAAAUAAUGAAAUUAAUAAUAUAGCAUUACUAGAUAAUUCUGGUCCUGUAAAUGUUCAUUUUGAUGAAUGCGAAAACCCAGUAGAUUAUUUUUUGAAAUACAUUGACGAUGAAAUUAUGGAAUCAAUUACUUAUCAAAGUAACUUGUAUAUACAUCAGUUACAGAAAAAAGAUCCAGUGGUAACAAAAAACAGUUUAUAUGCUUUCAUUGGAAUCAAUAUGGUAAUGAGGUAUCAUAAGCUUCCUUCCUGGAGAAACUACUGUAGUAAUGAAACCAAUUUGACAGUGCCAUUUGUUUCAGAUAUCAUUCCACAAAAUAGAUUUAUUCAAAUACUUUCAAAUAUACAUUUAAACAACAACAUUGCAAUACCAGCUGACAAUACAGAUAAAUUAUAUAAAUUGCGUCCAUUGAUAGACAGUUUGAAUAAUAACUUUACCAAGUUAUACAAUAUAUCGCGUUAUCUUAGUAUUGAUGAGAGCAUGGUACUUUUUAAAGGUCGUAGCUCUUUAAAACAAUAUAACCCUAAGAAACCAAUUAAAAGAGGAUACAAGCUUUGGUCAAUGGCUGAUAUGGAUGGAUAUCUUUUUAGAUUUGAAAUAUAUCAGGGAAAGAACAAUAAAUGUACUGAUCAUACAAUGCCAAAGUAUUUUGGAUUAGGUAAAAAUGUUGUUUAUCAAAUGACGAAAUCUUUACAAGGAAAAUAUCUCAAGGUUUAA